GCGGCGCCCGGAGCCAGGUGCGGUUUGGCCCUCCCGAGGCGCCGUAGGCGGGACGGUCGCGCCCUCCGCGCGUUCAGUUGUCGCCUGAGGUAACGGCCGGGAGAGCUCCGGGAGCCGGCCCGCGGCGGGCAGCCAUGGACGGGGUGUCCGGGGAAGACACCUGGAAAUGUCGAGGGUGUGGUGACCAUGUCCUCCCUGCCCAGAGACUGUACAGGACAGUGAGUGAAGUCUGGCACACUUCUUGUUUCCGGUGUUCAGAAUGUCAGGACCCUCUCACCAACUGGUACUAUGAAAAGGACGGGAAGCUUUAUUGCCACAAGGAUUACUGGGGGAAGUUUGGAGAAUUCUGCCAUGGCUGCUCGCUACUCAUGACGGGGCCUGUCAUGGUAGCUGGAGAAUACAAGUAUCACCCAGAAUGCUUUGCUUGCAUGAGCUGCAAGGUGAUCAUUGAGGAUGGAGACGCAUACGCCCUGGUUCAGCAUUCCACUCUGUACUGUGGCAAGUGCUACAAUGAGGUGGUGCUUACACCCAUGUUUGAGAGGCUGUCCACGGAGUCCGCCCAUGACCAGCUGCCUUACUCCGUCACGCUCAUCUCCAUGCCAGCCACUACUGAGGGCAAGAGAGGCUUCUCUGUGUCCAUCGAAAGUGCCUGCUCCAACUAUGCCACCACUGUACAAGUGAAUGAGGUCAGCCGAAUGCACAUCAGCCCAAAUGUCCGAAAUGCCAUCCACCCUGGAGAUCGGAUUCUGGAAAUCAACGGGACCCCUGUCCGAACCCUGCGGGUAGAGGAGGUGGAGGACAUGAUUGGCAAGACGAGCCAGACCCUUCAGCUCUUGAUUGAGCACGACCCUGUCUCCCAGCGCCUGGAUCACCUACAGUUGGACUCCCGGCUUUCCCCCCACGUGAAGACCGUCAGGGUCCCUCAUGCCAGGAGCGCUCUGGACGUCAAGGAGAACCAGGAUGGGAUGCUGCGCAGGCGAUCUCUCAGGCGCAGUAACAGUAUUUCCAAGUCCCCGGGCCCCUGCUCCCCCAAGGAGCCUCUGUUGCUCAGCCGAGACAUCAGCCGCUCCGAAUCUCUGCGCUGCUCGAGCAGCUACUCUCAGCAGAUCUUCCGGCCCUGUGACCUGACCCACGGAGAGGUCCUGGGGAAGGGCUUCUUUGGACAGGCUAUCAAGGUGACACACAAGGCUACCGGCAAGGUCAUGGUUAUGAAGGAGUUGAUCCGAUGUGACGAGGAGACACAGAAGACUUUCCUAACGGAGGUGAAAGUCAUGAGGAGCCUGGACCAUCCCAAUGUGCUCAAGUUUAUCGGGGUCCUCUACAAGGACAGGAAGCUGAACCUGCUGACAGAGUACAUCGAGGGGGGCACCCUGAAGGACUUCCUGCGAAGCGUGGACCCAUUUCCCUGGCAACAGAAGGUCAGCUUCGCCAAAGGAAUCGCCUCUGGGAUGGCAUAUCUGCACUCUAUGUGCAUCAUUCACCGAGAUCUGAACUCCCACAACUGUCUCAUCAAGCUGGACAAGACUGUUGUGGUGGCCGAUUUUGGCCUCUCGAGGCUUAUCGUGGAGGAGAGGAAGAAGCCCUGCUCGGAGAAGGCUUCCACCAAGAAGCGCACCCUGCGCAAGAGUGACCGCAAAAAGCGCUACACAGUGGUGGGGAACCCCUACUGGAUGGCCCCCGAGAUGCUCAAUGGAAAGAGCUAUGAUGAGACUGUGGAUGUCUUCUCCUUUGGAAUAGUUCUCUGUGAGAUCAUCGGGCAGGUAUAUGCUGACCCUGACUGUCUCCCUCGCACACUGGACUUUGGCCUCAAUGUGAAGCUUUUCUGGGAGAAGUUUGUGCCCACAGAUUGUCCCCCGGCUUUCUUUCCCCUUGCCGCCAUCUGCUGCAAACUGGAGCCUGAAAGCAGACCCCCAUUCUCAAAACUGGAAGAUUCCUUUGAAGCACUUUCCCUCUACCUGGGAGAGCUGGGGAUCCCCCUGCCCUCAGAACUGGAGGAGCUGGACCAUGAUGUGAGCAUGCAGUAUGGACUGAGCCGAGACUCCCUUUCCUAAGCUCCCCCAGGCCACCAGCCGUGUGGCAAGAGAAACGUGGCGCCCCAGCCACCUGCAGGGCAUUACAAGGCACAACACUGCCCAUUUAUGGGGUAGUGACCCAGCCCCACUUUGGCCAAGUUGAGGUUUCCUGUGGAUCUGUGGCUCCCUCUGAGAGUGGAAGAAGCCAUUUUCUGCUACCUCCUCAGGAGGAAAACGUGCCCAACACUACUGCUUGGGAGAUAGAUCUCUGGGGCACGCGGUGUGCCCCUUCACCAUCUCCAAACUCACACCUCGACUGCAAGCUGUGAAGAAAUGCUCCUGGCACCCAGAAGCCUGCUGCCUCCUCGAGGGGGGCCUGAACCUGCCGCUUCCUUGGGGCCCCCUCGCGUGCAGACGCCUUGUUUGGGUCUCUGCCGUGGUGGACAUUUGGGAGCAAGACGUGGCCAGCUGUGCACCACCCUGUCUGCCCCUUCCUCUCCAGGGCUCAUCUGUUACUGUACCACCCUGUGUGCAAGUCUUCUUGCGGGACCCGAGCGUCUCCAGUGCCUCCAAUGACUGGGGCGGGGGGGCAAAGUCUCAAGCCUCCCCCUGCAAACUUCACUCAUGGUUGCUGCCACUUCCUCCAAGGCAGGCCUGCUGUAGGAGACUUUGAAAGUCCUUUAUGAUGGUAGCAAGGGUCAGUACCAGCUGCUGGCAGAUAUGGCCUUAAGACUGGGAGACACCCAAGUCUGAUGCCAGGGUGGACAUUCCUGUUACUGGGCACGGUGGGUGCUGUUGACAUUCUUCGGUCCUCUGUGUUGGUGAGGGGGUGCACCUAGACGUUUCUCUGCUGAGGGAAGGAGACGUGAUCUGGGGGAAGGAGAAUUCCCCACCUGAAACUUAGUGAGGAAAAUGAGCCCCCUAAGCAAGGCCCACUCACCCUGUCAAACUGACGGUGCUCUUUCCCUGGCCGGCCUAGAGGACACACCCUGGUCUACAGUGGUGGGUGCUGACCGAGGCUGGUUUUCCCAAAAAUGAAUCGGAAGGAGCAGCCUCACAGCUGGAUUUGCCUUCUCCAGCGUCCCUGCAGGCAGACACUGUAUUUGACAGUCAGGGAAUCGGGGCUGGGGUUACUGAGAUGUGGGGAAGGGGGAUGCUGUUAAUAUUCUUGUGUUAGCUCUUGUGACAGAAAUACGUGAAAUAGUGAUUAUUGGCCUGAUGAAUUGUGGAACUGGGUAUCAUCUCCUGACUAAAGUUUACUUUUCCAGGGAGCUGUGUCGAUUGGCUGUAGGCCUCUAGGGACUCCUUGGUGGCAAGACGUGGUGGGCCUGACAGUGAGGAGGGGCCCAGCAAAGUCAGGCAGGCAAGAGCUGUCUCCUUCCCCCAAGAGGGCAAGAGCUAGUGUUCUUCACAGCAAGUGUGAAAAGAGGAGGGGCAAGCCAGGCAAUUGGGUCGACUUCAGUAAAUGAAGCAAUAAAUGUAGCUGAUGGAACCAGUGUUAA